AAUCUGCAUGGGUGGUGGCGAUUUAUCCGUACUAAGAUCUCGCCGGCCCGGAACCUACUGUUCCUGAGACUGGGCGGGUUUGGUAAGCCACCUGCGGGUUAUUUGUUCACCCUGUAGCUUCAGUUGUUUGCGCCGAGGUUAGUAUUUAACUACCUUGGGAUGUAAGUCCAAGAUGUCAAGUACAUCCUACGAAGAAUAAACAACUGCCGGCUCCCAUUCCUUCAACUUGUUCCAAACACCUUGAAUCCCAUCUCAGUACCCAAAGUUGCCUACUAUCCCCCGCCUUGCACAUCUGAUUCGCCAGCCAUGACCGUGAUCAAGAAAGUAGCGGCGAGCGCGAGCGCCCCGGCUCCCGGCGUUCCCUUCUAUACGCCGGCGCAGAAGCCACCGGCCGGCACGGCGUUGGAUUCCGGGGCCGAGGUGCCGACGCUCUUCACGCCGCUAACCCUCCGGUCCAUGACUCUGCCCAACCGGUUCGCCGUCUCGCCCAUGUGUACGUACAGCGCCGACGACGGGCACCUAACCGACUUCCACCUCGUGCACCUGGGGUCCUUCGCCCUGCGCGGCGCCGGCCUCACCAUCGUCGAGGCCACCGCCGUCACCGCCAACGGCCGCAUCUCGCCCGAGGACAGCGGGCUCUGGAAGGACAGCCAGGUGGCGCCGCUGCGGCGCGUCGUCGACUACGCCCACUCCCAGGGCCAGAAGAUCGGCAUCCAGCUGGCCCACGCCGGCCGCAAGGCCAGCACCCUGGCGCCCUGGCACAUCACCGUGCGCGGCCAGGGCGAGGUCGCCCCCGCCGAGCAGGGCGGCUGGCCCGACAACGUCUGGGCCCCCAGUGCGAUCCCCUUCUCGGCGACCUACCCGAACCCCAGGGAGAUCACGAUCGCCGAGAUCGAGGGCCUUGUCCAGAGCUUCGCCGAUGCCGCCAGGAGAUCGGUCGAGGCCGGCUUUGACACCAUUGAGAUCCACGGCGCCCACGGUUAUCUGAUCACCGAGUUCCUCUCCCCAAUUUCCAACAAACGGACGGACAAGUACGGCGGCAGCUUCGAGAACCGCACCCGUCUUCUCAUCGACGUCAUCAAAGCCGUCAGGGCCGUUAUCCCCGAGUCGAUGCCGCUCCUGCUCCGCCUCUCGGCGACCGAGUGGAUGGAGCACUCGGGCGAGGAGAGCUGGACCGUCGACGACACGAUCCGCCUCGCCCGCCUCCUCCCGGACCUCGGCGUCGACCUCCUGGACGUCAGCUCGGGCGGCAACGACACGCGCCAGAAGAUCGACGUCCACCCGUACUACCAGGUCAGCAUCGCCGGCCGGGUCCGCGCCGCCCUCAAGGCAGAGGGCAAGCAGCUGGCCAUCGGCGCCGUCGGCAUGAUCACCACCGCCGAGAUGGCCCGGUCCAUCGUCCAGGACGACGGCUCGCUGGCCGGUGGCGCCGCGGACGGCACCGUCGAGGUCGAGGAGGAGAACGGCCAGAGGACGCAGGCGGAUAUGGUCCUCGUCGCGAGGCAGUUCCUGAGGGAGCCCGAGUUUGUGCUCAGGACGGCGCAGAAGCUGGGGGUUUCGGUGGCAUGGCCGACCCAGUAUCACCGAGCUCACUGGCCCCGAGAUGCCCAGGUUUAGAUAUAGAUAUAGAUGAAAGAGGGGAGAGAGGUGUGGCUUAUGAGGGAUAUAAUGCCGUGACGAUUUUUCCUUGACACUUAGAAAUAAUACGAUAGAAUCAGCGAUAGAAUUGUCUAUUGUCUACCCCUUUUUCUGUUCACAACG